CUCAGCCCGAGUGCAACCGGAGGGAGGGUGUGGUCAGGGGAGUGUCUAACUUCGGUCCCUCGCUCCUUCCUAAGCUCAGCCACACUCUGUGGCCAGCCAUGUCCAAAGCCGAGGUGCCGAGCGACGGCUGCCUCUCCCCCGGAGCCCGAUCUCUGCUGGCUCCCUUCCUGUGUGUCAGCGUCCUGCAACUCGCUCUCAGCAUCGGUUUCAUCUGGUACUGCCAAUACCAGCAGGGGCUUCAGAAAGAUGUCAGAGAGACUUCGGAGGAAUUCUUGCACCUCCUCAGCCUGCUCUCCAGUUUUAACAGAAGUAUUCCCGAGCUAUCAGACAUGCGAAUCCAGAAGUGCUCCCCCCCUUGUCUGCUGCCACUGAAACAUCAGAAACAACCUGUUAACAAGGUGGAUCCUGGUGCAGCAGACAAAAAGCAACACAGGGGGUUGGCCCCCAAUCGCACGAGGAAGAAUAUGAGGAAGCUGACACCCUAUGCCCACCUCACCAUGAAGAAACCGAUCAAAGCUCCUUCUGACCUUGAGACCAGACUUCCAGGAUUGAAAGGGAAACUCAUCACAUCUUGGGAGGAGAGGGUCGGUGUGGCGCAUCUGAGGGAGUUGCGCUACAGCAAUGGGGCCUUGGAAAUCAAGCACCAAGGCCUAUAUUACAUUUAUUCCCAGAUUUUAUUCCGUUACCAUGCAGAUUAUCCGAUGAGCACAAGGGAAUAUCAGCUGGUUCAAUAUAUCUACAGGAAAAUGGCCAAUUAUCCAAAGCCAACUUUACUCCUGAGAGGUGCCAGCACCUGGUGCUCGGGGAACCACAACUUGUACUCAGUCUAUCAAGGAGGUGUGUUCGACCUGCGCAGCGGGGACAAACUCUUUGUGACUGUCUCAAACCUAACUCUGGUAGAUGCUGAUGAGGCAUCCAGUUACCUUGGAGCAUUCAAACUGGAUUAAAUGAAGUAUACCAUCUGCAUCAUUAAUGUUUUAAAUACUCUGUCUCCAAAUCUGAAAAGUGAACAAUCAACAUAGUCAUAGAGUCACAGAGAUGUACAGCACGGAAACAGACCCUUUGGUCCAAUCCGUCCAUGCCGACCAGAUA